GAAUGUCUUACAGGGGUCGCUUUUUCCUCUCGAUGAUCUCAACAGAAGUUUCCUCUGUCAGCUAUAUGAAGAAGCAGAAGAAACUCUGAGAGAGGGAGAAUGACAAAAGUAUGGUUUAGGGUGAGGUUUGUCGAAGUCUGCUGUGGGUCAGUCAAAAGGAACUAAACGCCAUUUCAGUCUCUCAACAAUGCGGUUCAAACAAAGACGGCAGUGAUUUUCGGUCUCGGUGCUUUCUGGGCUGGGUCCCGUUCCAGUGGUGAGUCGGCAGCUCCCCAAGAUGUCCAUGGACGAGCAGGAAUAUGCCGAAGGGGUCCUGGUGACCGAGGCCGGGCCGCAGUGGCUCCGAGCCGAGGUGGACCGUCUUUCACGAGAGCUGCGUGACACGACCCACGAAAAGAUCCAGGCUGCGGAGUACGGGCUGGCGGUUCUGGAGGAGAAACAGCAGCUCCAGCAGAGAUUCGACGAGUUGGAGACAGAAUACGAGGCGGUCCGACAGGAACUGGACCAGCUAAAGGAGGCUUUUGGACAAGCUUACUCAACUCACAGGAAGGUGGCAGCAGAUGGAGAAAGCAGAGAAGAGUCACUGAUCCUGGAGUCUGCCAGUAAGGAGGCCCUUUACCAGCAGAAAGUAUUAGAGCUGCAGAAUGAGCUCCGACAAACCAAAGCUUCCUUGGUCAGCGCGCAAACUGAAAAUGAUCGCCUGUCAUCUAUUGCCCUGGAGAUGAGAGAGAAUUCAGAGCUGGCAGAGCUGCAGCGCAGCCAACUGCGUGAUGACAUUAGAGAGUAUAAGGUGCGAGAAACUCGUCUGUUGCAAGACAACAGUGAACUGGAGGAGGAGAACAUCUCUCUUCAGAAACAAGUGUCUGUUCUGAAACAGAACCAGGUGGAAUUUGAAGGCUUAAAGCAUGAGAUACGCCGUCUGGAGGAGGACUCUCAGUGCCUACACAGUCAGCUUGAGGAAGCUAUGCGUCUGAGAGAGAUUGCUGAGCGACAGCUGACUGAGGCCCUGGAGACAAUUAAAACCGAACGUGAACAGAAGGCCAGUCUGCGCAAGGAACUCUCCCAUUAUAUGACCAUUGGUGGCUCUGUGUACAACAGCCCCCUCAGUAUCUCCAUUGACAACCUAAAACUUCAUGACGACCCCUCUACAGUCACAGAGCCUGACAAUGAUGAUCUAAUUCGUGGAUUUGAGAAUGGCUUGAUCAAGACAGGUGAAAGUGAAAUGAACAAGAGAGGAGAAGCCUUAAAGCCAGCUCCUAGUCUUGUGGAUGACCUGCUCAGUGAACUUAACAUCUCUGAAAUUCAGAAGCUUAAACAGCAGCUUGUACAGGUGGAGCGGGAGAAAGUAGCACUGAUUAACUCUCUACAGGAAAGCCAGAAGCAGCUGGAACAGGCAUAUGGAACAGUGUCUGAGCAAAAGGAAACUGUCAACAAGCUCACUGAGAACCUCAGUGCGAUGAGAAAACUUCAGGCCACUAAGGAGCGCCAAUCUGCUCUUGACACUGAAAAAGACAGGGACAGCCAUGAUGAUGGCGAUUACUACGAGUUGGACAUCAAUGGACCAGAGAUCCUGCAGUGUAAAUACACCGUAGCCGUGUCAGAAGCUGGAGAGCUAAGGCAGGAGCUGAAGACAGUGAGGGCAGCGUAUGAGCAAUGUAGAACAGAAUAUGAAGAAGAACGAUCACGACUAGAAAGCAUGGUGCAGGAGCUGAGGUCGAGUUUGACAUCUCUGGAGAAGAUUAGCCAGGCAGAUAAAGCAGAAGUAGCUCGUCUAGAAAGGGAGCUCCAUCGAGUCAGCGAGGCAGCAGGAGAAUCUCUUGGCAGCCUUAAUGUGGCCCAGGAUGAACUUAUAACUUUCAGUGAAGAGCUCGCCAAUCUCUACAACCAUGUGUGUAUGUGCAACAAUGAGACCCCUAAUCGUGUCAUGCUAGACUAUUACAAAGAAGGGAAAGCCAAGGUAAGAAAGGGCCAAGAAGGAACAGAGCUUCAGUCUUCCAUACUUAUUACCAAUGGGCUAAUCCCUGACAGUGAGACUGGAAAAUCGGACUCUAGCAGCACUACAGUUACCCCAGUUCCUAUCCCAGAGCACCGGCCAGAGCCCAUGAACAUCUACAACCUUGUCGCUAUUAUCCGAGAUCAGAUACGCCAUCUACAGCAGGCUGUGGACCGCACUACAGAGCUGUCCCGUCAGAGACUGGCCAAUCUGGAACUGAGUACAGUGGCAGACAAAGACAAAGAGGCUUGCAUGGAAGAGAUUCUCAAACUGAAAUCACUGCUUAGCACCAAAAGAGAACAGAUUGCCACCCUCAGAGCUGUUCUCAAGGCCAACAAACAGACAGCUGAGGUUGCUCUGGCUAACCUGAAGAGUAAGUAUGACAGCGAGAAGGCAAUGGUCACUGAGACGAUGAUGAAGCUCCGCAAUGAACUUAAGGCUCUGAAAGAGGAUGCUGCUACAUUCUCCUCUCUGCGAGCCAUGUUCGCUACAAGGUGUGAUGAGUAUGUGACCCAGUUGGAUGACAUGCAGAGGCAGCUGGCUGCUGCUGAGGAUGAGAAGAAGACCCUGAACUCUCUGCUGCGUAUGGCCAUCCAGCAGAAACUGGCCUUAACCCAGCGCCUAGAGGAUUUGGAGUUUGACCAUGAGCAGGCACGCCGUAACAGUGCAUCAAUGGCAGGAGGAAAAGGCAAAACAAAGGGAAAGGGAGCCUCUGCCGGCCAUCAUUAAAUCCCAGAAGCCACGUGUCGUGAAGAGAUCCAACAGAGACUUUGUGACAGCUGCCAGUCUUGCGUGCUCCUGGUUUCUUCAUGUCGUCUUUGUGUUUUCGUUAACCCAACAGUAUUUGCCAAGGGCCUUGUUUUAGAGUGCCAAAACAAAUGUUAAGGUUCUGUCCAACACUAUGACUGCACAAGGUAUGAUGUUGCAUUGUUUGCCCACUAUGGUCCUUCAAAGUCUUCCAACAAAAAGCACCACUACGAUAACUGAAUCAGAAUCAAUGUUGCUGAUUUCUCAUUGCCUGUGUUAACUGAGCACUUUUUUUCGCUCUCACUCUUAGAUCAUUCUUCUGUCUUUCUACACUAAUGCCAAUUGUUACAAGUAUUAUGUGACUUUUUUACUGUGUGUGCCUGUUUAUGUGCCAGAUUCCUCAUGAAAUUUCUGGUGAAGUUAACAUAUAUUUAUUUUAUAACUAAGAAAGAUAUCGUGAUAAAAAUUAUGAAAACAGAAUCAUAUUGUGUGGAAUCAAACAAAAGUGACAAAUGAGCUUUUCUGCCUUAGUUGUUUUACUUUUGGCCUUAGAUUGAUGGGUACCUCUCACUGCCCAUAGAAAUUAGAUUUUUGAUGUACUCAUUUGCUAAAAAGCUCAUGAAAAAAGAAAAUUGAUAUAUAGUUUUUACUUUUAUGAUUUCAAUUUAUGGAGCUUCAAUUUUUUUUUGUAUAACUGGGCUCUUACUGUGUAGACAUGGCAGAGCUGUUACAUAUUCAAGGAUGCUUGUUAUGACUAAGGAAGAGUAUUAAUGCAAAACUUAUUUAAAGAUUUCUAAGUUAAGCUCAGAUGUUAAUAAUAUUCAUAAACUUUAUUCAUGAAGGAGAGGUUUUAAUGCAGUUGUUUUUAAUACAUUUUUUAAACCCUUUGUCCUGAAUUUCAUUGCCUGUUACCAGUACACCUACAGUGCCCUGUUGUGUUUUGUGUGUACAAGUGCAAUUUGCAAACAUGGCAAGUAAAAAACGUAAAUGUUCAUGGUAUAAAAAAUAUUUUACACAUUGUUGCUUAAAUUAUCGUCAUUGAUUUUCUUAGUUUUUACUAUAACUGCAGCUGUAUUUUAUUGAGUCUGUUCAAGACAACAGGAUAUCCACAUCCUAUUUGUUCAUAAGGGAGUUUGAGUUGAGGAGGAUGGACUAAACUUGUUGAGACACUAGCAAGAUUCAUGAUGACCUGUAGGUGUCUGUCUUUGCUAACAGUUGUGACUGGUGGAAAAAAUAAAUCUAAUUUUCACAAAUCUGA